AUGAUGAUGAACGAGGCCAUGGAGUUUGCUGGGCACCUGCGUCGGUGUGAGAAGGAUAUCCGCAAGAUGCAGGCCUCAACGGAAGAUCUGCUGAGCACGGUGAAGGCGGUGAUGUCUGCACCGCUGCCCCGCGUCUACGAAGAGGUUGGGGGUGGCAAGGUCAUCCCCAUGACGGCCAGCACCGCGUCUGGUGUGGUGGGGGCCCCAAAUGGACCAAUCGUCCCCAUCGGGGGGGCCGAUUACAAUGCAGAGGAGAUGUCGCGCGUCGUCAAGUCUGCUGGGAAGCUUGUGGAGUCCGAGGUGCUGGCCCCCAUGGAGCGAUGGAUGAAUGCCUUUGUGCUCAUCCAGCAGCGAAUGAAGAGGUUGGAGAGCCUGCGCCUGGAGGUGGAUUCCCGUCGCCGCACCGUGGCCAAGCUCGGCAAGAAGGUUGAUGUCCAACGAGCACGGCUCCCUCAAACUCGGGCCAAGGGAGAGUAUGAGAUGGAGAACACCAUCAAGAUCCUGCAGCACAAGGAAUCCAAGCUGUCAGCCUGCCGCCAGUCUUACAAGGAGCACGAGUCCCUCGUGUUCCACCAGCUGGAAAACGUCAUUACAGACAGCGUUUGGUUGAAGAGCUACCUGUCUGGAGUCCUGCGCAUCCAGUCAGAGGCGCUCCGCAGCGCCAACACCGCGCUGGGCGAGCAGAAGGCCCGCGUGCCGGGAUCACGCGGCUACCCCUUGCCGGUGGAGGCCAAUUCCGGGGCCAGCACGCCGCUCCAGUCUCUGCCUCCGGCCGGCAUGCCAGAGGUCAUCGCCGCACGCCGGGACGAGCGCGAGAACGUGCCCCGACUCCAGAACGGACAGCAGGGUGGCAUUCGCGCCAAGGUGGGCCGCAACCACUCAGCGGGCGCCUCUGUGGGCCUGGGACACUCCAAGGACUCACUGUACACGCUGGACGACGCGCCGGCCGCCCCCACACACCGCAUCCCUGCCACCCAGGUGCCUACGGCGUACGAUGCUUACAAUGAGGCAGCAUACAGCCGCAAUGCUGUGCCUGCCUGGUAG